AUGUCGACACAUGAUGACGAAGGCCCGGCAUGGAACAAGUUCUGGCUGUCUAUGGACCAUGAAUCCGAUUCGAUGGUGUCUGGUAGCCAACAGCCCAAUCAUCGGUCAGUACUCAGUCCUGAGUCUCCGAAGGCUAGUUAUGACGCCAGAGACAGUGUGCUUCCUAACGAGUCUGCUUCUCACCAUGGCGGCGACGAGCACUCCGAAUAUAUUGAUCACCAUCAUCAUGGCGAACAUGUUCCGUUCCCUUUCAAGUUUAAGGCACCAAGCGGCCGUGUUCACCGUGUUAACGUUCUCACCUCUGCUGGCAUUGCCGAUCUAGUUGCGCAAGUCACGGCCAAGCUAGGAUCCGAGGCGGACGCUGUCGGCGGUGCGGCAACCUGCGAGGAGGGCAAACUUAGCAACACAGGCUAUGCUUUGAGCUACUUGGAUAAUGAGGGAGACACCGUUUCGAUCACUACUGACCAAGACCUUGCGGAUGCAGUCACUUUGGCACGGCAGUCGCGUCGGGAUAAGGUUGAUCUCUUUGUCCAUGAUCCGACACAGCCUCCAAUUCCUGCUACGCUCGAACCCCAACCCGCCCCUGUCAAGCCGGUGGAGGAGAAGCCCUCUCCAGUUCCAGAGGAGCAGUUGUCGGAGGAACCAUAUAUGUCUAAGCCCCGGUCUCAGACGUUCUCGUCACAUCACCCAGAAGAGCAAUUUAUUGCGGGAGUGCCUAAUGACUUACUCCUUCCUGGUGCAAUUGUCACACUCGCCGCUGUCAUUGCGGGUGUUUUCAUCCUGAGCCGGGCCACUUCUCGGUAA